AUGAGGAGGAACGAUGAUAACUGCACUUCCAAGGCAAAGACGCUCUCAGAGGUGCAGGUGCAACAUGAUCCUCAGCGAUUCGCCUGCCGGGAAUCGAACCCAGGUCUCUCGCUUGUGAGAGACAAUCAAAACAAAUAUAUUCAGAGCACUGUUGCAAAUGUGGAAAAGUACUUUGGUGAAUUCUGCGGCUUAUUUGCAGCCUAUGUACGAAAAACUGCUAGGCUGCGUGACAAAUCUGAUCUCUUGGUGAAAGAAAUCCGAACAUAUGCUGAAACGGAAACUCCUAAUGUGAAAUCUGGCCUGGUCAACUUUGCAGAUCAGCUUGCAACAGUGCAAGAUUAUCGACAAGCGCAGGUUGAAAGGCUGGAAGCUAAAGUUAUAGAACCAUUCAAGAAAUAUGGUAACAUUACCAAGCUAAAAAGGGAAGAACUCAAGGUUUCUUUAGCUGCUGGAAAACGUGAAGCAAAGCAAACUGCUCAAGUGGAAAGAAUACGGCAGAGGAACCCUUCUGAUCGGCAGAUUAUUACACAGGCAGAGUCCGAUUUGCAAAGGGUCACAGUGGAUGCCACUCGAAUUGCUCGUCAGUUAGAAGAAACAAUGGAUGAUUUUGAAAAACAUAAAAUUAAGGACAUUAAGAAAAUUUUUGGAGACUUCAUUACAAUUGAAAUGGCAUUUCAUGCAAAAGCUUUAGAAGUUUAUACUACUGCAUAUCAACACGUACAGAAUAUUGAUGAAGAUGAGGAUAUGGAGGCUUACAGGAGCUCACUUCAUUUUGAAACCACCCAGCCUCGCUUGAGCCUAGUUUCUGCAAAUUUCUUAAAAUCUACAAAUGGGAAUAAUUCAAGUAUAUCUAUGUUACGAUCUUCCAAGGAAAACACUCCUGGUUCCACGUGUAAGUUACAAUUGGAUGAUGAAGAAGAGGAAGACGAUGACGGAAUUGAGGAGGAGGAAGAGGAUGAAGAAGAGGAGGAAGAGUAUGUCCCCAAGAAUACCUAACUGCCUGCAAUGACUACCCAAAAAAUAUUAAACAAUAUCACAUAUAUUUAUCAUCUUAUUUUGUCUGCUACAUUUAUAACAUUUUAUAAUCUUUAUUGUUGUAAACCUUAUCCAAUCUUGCUGUGUUUCAAAAAUGCUAAAACACUAUUUGACAAUGCCAAACGCUACAUAUUUUCUACUUUUGUGUAUGCCAAAUUGUGUAUGUAAAUACUUUUAUCUCAUUAAAAUGUUUUUAAGGA